AUGGCGAUCCCCGUAGCUAAGCUAAUGAUCUCCGCCAUGGCGGUCUUCUUGCUUCUCUCAGAUUCUUUUGCGACCUCGGAGGUACCUUCCAUGCUUGUCCACAAGAAAGCGAGCCUAAACAGACUCAAAUCUGGCGCCCAACACGUUUUGGUGUCCAUCGACAUCUACAAUCAAGGAUCCUCGACGGCCUAUGAUGUGACUCUGACAGACAGUAGCUGGGAUAAAGACAGAUUCGAAAUUGUCAGUGGAAACACUUCAAGAGCAUGGGAACGACUUGAUGCGGGAGGUAUUCUGUCACAUUCUUUCGAACUAGAGGCCAAGGUUAAGGGACUUGUCUACGGUGCACCUGCUCUUGUUACUUUCCGCAUCCCCACCAAGACUCUUCUUCAGGAAGCCUACUCAACUCCAAUCCUACCUCUUGACAUCUUUGCGGAAAGACCUCCCACUGAUAGAUUUGACUUGAGGCUGGUGGCUAAAUACGGAUCGCUCGUUUCGGUGAUCUUGUUUGUGCUUCUGUUCGUUAACUUGAUAGCUACACCUUCCAAGUCCAACGCAGCCAAAGCGAGCAGCAAGAAGAAGAGGUAA